AUGUCCACUACAAAGUCUAGGGAAUUUAAUUUUGCUGAAGUGAAUUCAAUCUUGAUCGAUGUAUAUCUUAACAAGAACAGUAUAGAAGCACAAGUAAACCGAAUCCUAGAACAUAAUUUGGUGUUCGAAAAUAAUAACUAUCAGCAGUGGUUACUCAAAGCAGUCUCGGUCUUAGAUUUGACAACUCUAUCUGGUGAUGACACAAGGUCCAAUGUAAGAAGACUAUGUGUAAAGGCAGACAGACCAUUGCCAGAACUUAAUAUUGAUAUCAAAACAGCUGCAGUAUGUGUAUAUCCAAGCAGAGUGAGUGAUGCUAGUGAUACCAUUAAUAGAAUGCAAAAACAAGAUGUAAAAAUUGCAUCAGUUGCAACAGGAUUCCCCUCAGGCUUAUAUGACAUAGAAACAAGAACACUAGAAAUUAAAUAUGCUGUAUCAUGUGGUGCGCAUGAAAUUGAUGUCGUUAUAGACCGAAGCCUGGUGCUAACAGGCCAAUGGUUGAAGCUAUUUAACGAGCUGAAACAAAUGAAGGAAGCCUGUAAAGAUGCUCACAUGAAAGUGAUACUUGGUGUAGGAGAACUGGGGUCUUAUGAAAACGUGUACAGAGCAUCUAUAGUAUCAAUAUUAGCGGGUGCUAACUUUAUUAAGACAUCCACUGGCAAAGAGGCAGUCAAUGCAACUCUUCCUGUUGGCCUUGUAAUGUGCCGAGCUAUAAAGAGAUGUUACCAGGAUUAUAAUAUUAAGGUUGGUUUAAAGCCUGCGGGUGGUAUUAAAACAGCCCGUGAUGCCGUCAAUUGGUUAAUUUUAGUCCAAUCCGAGUUAGGGCCUGAGUGGGUAACGCCGGAGUACUUUAGGAUUGGUGCCUCCAGCCUAUUAGAUGAGAUUAAGAAGGAAUUAAAAUUGUUAUCAACAAACUAUUAA